AUGCGCCUCAGCAUCCCUCAACCGCUCCCCGAGCUCGUGGAGAGCAAGUUCACCGCCGCUGAAGCAUCCAAGACACUCAUCUUCUCUGCCACCGAUGUCUGCGUGAUCCGCACCACGGCUGGGAUACCGUUCCAACUCCGCUACUGCCCCGCGCUGGCCAAGAAACCCAAGUCGCAGAAUGAUGACCCGCAAUCCACGCCCAAGAAGAAGUUCGACCCGUUCGAGACGCCGCCGGAAGACCUCUUCAUCGCCGACCUGCCGGGCCCCGACCCCGCCAACGCGUCGCACAUCCUCGUUCUGAACAAGUACCCCGUCAUCCGCGACCACGUCAUUCUCGCGACGAAGCAGAACAAGCCGCAGACGCACUUGCUGGAGUCAGAUGACCUGGCCGCGACGUACGCCGUGCUGCGGGAGUGGGACGAGCAGAAGACGAGCGCAACGGGCGCCGGCUCCAGCGCCGGUGGCCGUAUGUUUGCCUUCUUCAAUAGCGGAGAGCACUCUGGCGCCAGCCAGCCGCAUCGGCACAUACAAUUUCUACCGGUAGAGCGCAUGAGCGAGGGCGGGCAGACGGCAGGCUGGGACCUGCUGGUCGACCAGAUUGUCGCUGCUGGCCAAGACUCCAAAGACUCAAAAGACUUCCUCAAUAACCCCGCACUUCCCUUCGCCCACUUCGCGUCCCGCCUCCCGCCGAACCCCUCCCCGGCUGAGCUCCACGCCGUCUACGCCUCUCUCUACACUCGCGCUCUCGAGUUCGUUAAGAAACACAUUGCGUCAGCACCGCAGUCCGCGUCGUUUACGCUGCACUCUACCGAGAACGGCGACGCGGCCAUCAGCUACAACAUGGCGAUGACAAGAGACGCGCUAGUCAUUGCGCCCAGGAGAAGCGGCGGAGAUGUGCUCAAGGGCUCUGAUGGCGAGGAGCUUGAGAUGGUGGAGCUCAAUGGCACGAUGCUGGGCGGCACGCUGAUGGUCAAGGCGCAAGAGCAGUGGGAUUUGCUGAGGAAGGAUGAGAGAGUGCUCACGAGGCUUUUGGAGAGCGUGGGGCUGCCGUGGGGCAAGGGGGAGGGAGAGAAGCAAUGA